CCAUGCAUAUAAGCCUUUUAAUUUAAUUUUCCAUAUUUACUGUUUUUUGCCGUUUUAAAUGGCCAAUAUUUACUUCCCAAAUCAAAAACUUAAAAACACCCAUUUUCGCUUUUUAAUUUUUGAAUUUUGUUUUUUUAAAUAUUACUUGUAUAUCAUUUUCUCUGUAUUUAUAUAUAUAUAUAUAUAUGUAUCUCUCUCUAUCCAUCUAUCUUGGUGGAGCAAUGCUUGUCACCUACUCCUUUUGAGUUUUCGCCAUAUCUCUCUCUAUCUCUUAUAACCCUUUCUUUGUAGAAAUUCAGUAGUCACAAGCUUUAACACACACAGAGAGAAGAGAGAAGCUCCCCUGUUUUUGCUCUGUUUUGGGUUCUGGGUCUGCAAUGGAGAGACACAAGUGUAAGCUCUGCUUCAAGAGCUUCGCUAAUGGAAGAGCUUUAGGUGGUCACGUGAGGUCUCACAUGCUGAAUCUUGCAGUUCCUCCAAAGCCAGAACCAGAAGAAGAAGAAGAAGAAGAAGAAGACCCACGUAAUCAACUAAGCGAAGAAGCCGACUCAACUUCUUCGUCCUCAUCGUCCGAUGAAGAAGAAGAGGAGGAACCGGAAGGAGAAGAGAAUUCUGAGAAGGGUUUGUCUUAUGGUCUCAGAGAGAACCCAAAGAGAAGUAUUCGAUUAGUAGAUCCUGAAUUUUCUUUCGCUGUCGAUGCUGGUUCUGUUGUUCUUCAAGACAGAGAAAGUGAGACCGAGUCAUCAAAGAACCCAACUCGGAGACGAUCCAAGCGAACUCGGAAAUUGAUCGAGCAUCAUCCAUAUUACAACCACCAGAAUCAAGAACCAGAGAACUUGAAGAAGCUUAAAUUUCACAAACUCAGUAACAACAACAACAAAAACACCAAGUCCGAGUCAUGGGCAGAGCCUGAACCGGUAAGUUCGAUCUCCGAUGCCACCACAGAAGAAGAUGUAGCUUUCUGUCUUAUGAUGCUUUCAAGAGACAAAUGGAAGAAAAAAGAAAAACUUCUCAAUGAAAAAGAACAUGAAGAAUUAGAGGCAGAUGAAGAAACAGAUGAAUCUGAUGAGUUCAAAUCAUGCAAGACCAGAACUAGAGGAAAGUACCGAUGCGAAACAUGUAAGAAAUCGUUUAAAUCUUAUCAAGCACUUGGUGGGCACAGAGCGAGUCACAAGAAAAUCAAAUCAACCAUUAAUGUUCAAGAGCCAGAGUUGCUGGAAACAGGGAAUAAUGCAGGUCCUCAAAAGAAGAUUCAUGAAUGUCCUUAUUGUUACAGGGUAUUUUCUUCAGGACAGGCACUUGGUGGGCAUAAGAGAUCUCAUGUAAUUACUGGUUCAGCACCACCACCACCACCAGCAGCUGCUAUUACAGCUGCGGCAGCUACUCCAGCUAGAAGUUCCACCAUAAGCAACAAUUUCAUAGAUCUAAAUUUGCCAGCUCCAAUGGAUGAAGACGACAUUAGCCAAAUCGAACUUUCUGCACUUUCUGAUGCUGAAUUUGUUAACAAUGUUAGGCGAUGAAGACGAAGUGUUUGAUGGUCUAAAAAGCAAAUGAUCUUCAACAUCCACGAAUGAAUGAAUUCAUUGGCAUUGUUCUUAGGUGUAAAUUUACUGUUACAUUCCUAGGUGUUAUUUAAUUACUUAUUUAGAUGAGAUACUUAGCAUUCUUGUUAAUGGGUCAUGCUCAAUUCUUUCAGCAGUUUAGGCAUUUUGUUUUGUUCUAUAAAGGUCAUCGUCAAUGGAGGUUGAUAAAAC